AUGCAGACGGUCAGAACAGUGGAUGUGGUUGACUGCUCCUUUCUCUUCUGCUUUUCCAAGCACAACAAGGCAGCCGUUCAGAUAAAGGAGGACAUGAAGAGGAUGGUGCAGCUGCCCAUGAUCAAACCCUCUCCAGCCACCGCCACGGGGAGGAAGAAGAUCUUCGGUGUGUCCCUGCUGGAGUUGAGAGAUCUGGGACUGGUCGAGGACGGGGUUCCUGUGGUGGUCCGGAGUAUGGUGGAGUAUCUGGAAAAGCAUGGUCUUCGUCUGGAGGGUCUGUUCAGAGUAAACGGCAGCGUCCGGACUGUGGAGAACCUGCGGCAGAGGUUUGAUGGAGGAGAAGAGGUGGAUCUGCAUCAGGAUUCAGACCCCUGUGCUGUGGCCAGUUUACUGAAACAGUUCUUCAGGGAUCUGCCUGAAGGUCUCAUCCAUCCCUCCAUCCACAGUCCUCUCAUUCAGCUGCACCAGGAAUCCAGUGAGGGUGACUUCUGUAAGGACCUGCGUGAGCUCCUACUCCAGCUGCCAGAUAUCCACUACAGUCUCCUGCAUCACUUAUGUCACUUCCUGUCCCAGGUGGAACAGGAACAUGCUCAUAACCGCAUGACCGCCACCAACCUGGCCACAGUGUUUGGGCCCAACAUCUUCCAUGUGUCAUCUGGUUUUGACGGUAUACGGGAGCAGAAUAUCUGUAAUAACAUUAUGGCCAAGCUGAUCCAGAACUACAGCGCUAUCUUUGAGCCUGCGGUGGAGAUAAGACUAAUCGAAGAAGAACCUUCAAACCUCAUCAAAGUAAAAGAGGCCAACACAAACACUGAAAACACAGAGACUUCAACUUUCAAUCCUGCUCCGAAGGCACACGCUCCACAUGUCAAAAAGAUGAAGGUCACAAAGUGCACGCCAGUUGAAAAUUCAGAUGAUCCUUUACCAACACCAAGAAAAAAGAAGGUCACUCAAUGCACUCCAGUUGAGAAUACAGACAAGUCUAGAGAAAGUGAGUCUAGUCCAGACAAUCCUGUACCAACACCGAGAAAAAAGAAGGUGAAGAAGAUAAAGACAGAGGCUGUGCCGAGAUCUUUUCCUCAGCCUGCUCCCUCCAGUGAUCCCGUUUCCAGUUCUUUGACCCAUCUUCCAGACAGAAGCCCGGGUGCUAGAGCUCCAUUUCCUCCACACUCUCCAGAACGGAGCAUCAGCUCCAGCGCUGAUGGCAUGAACCUGAGCCCUCGGACCGCAAGCCCUGCCAGAUCCACAGAGACCUUCAACAGUUUGCAAGAAGAUGAAAGACCAAUAUCUCCUUUCUAUAUUAGUUCACAGAUCUUUCCCGGACACUGCAGACCUGAAUUAACGAAUUUUCUGGAGAAGACCAUUCGCUCAGCGGUCGAGCAACACCUCUUCAACUCGCACAUGCACGCAGGUCAGAGUUCAGAGGGCUUGGGGUCGACUGCCCACUCUUCAUCUCCUGUGACGACGGCCCGAGAGAGGAGGAGACAUCUACGAGAACAAGAGGAGAACUUCAGGGUCGAGGGUGAUAAAGAGAACGUCCCGUCUCUGGGUGUGAGGGUCACAGAGGAGGGUGACAGGCAUCUGCUGCUGUUGCCACACGAGGCUCAGAGAAACAGGACGCCCAAACACAGUCCCACACUAACUGAGCACUCAGAGAAGCAAGACGCCCCCACCGUAAGUCUGCUUUUUAGACUGAGGAACCAUCAAAAGGGCAAUAGCUUGCAUUCUGUUCAGACGCCUGCCAUGAAGAUCCAGGAGGUUCUUAGUGCCGCAGAGCCGUGUGACGACGUCCCCCGACUGGACCUGUCUACUCUGACAGACGACAGUAACUGGGCAGAUUCUCACUUCUUUAGUGCCCCUUUCCUUGACUUUAAAAUCCUUUUAAAAUCAAGUCACUAUGAGGAACCAGUCCCGGCCUACUCGUCAUGGCAAAGGGAGAGUAUGGAUCGCGAAGAAGCUCAUCUGUCACCUCACGCCGGUGGCAAGCUGAUUCGCCAGCUCCUGGAGGAGGACAGCGACCCAAUGGUCUCACCGCGAUUCUACGCUUAUGGAGAUGGCCAGCAGUAUCUGGAUGACACUGAGGUUCCUCCAUCUCCACCCAAUGCCCACUCCUUUGUCAGUAGGCGGAGAAGUUCAUCAUUAGGCUCCUGUGACGAUGACCGGGAGGAGCUCUCUUCAGCCCAGCUUUCAAAGCGUAUCCACGUACUCAAGAAGAAGAUCAGGAGGUUUGAGGAUAAGUUUGAGGAAGAGCAUAAAUACAGGCCUUCACACGGCGACAAAGCCGGCAAUCCAGAGGUUCUGCGUUGGAUGAAUGAACUGGCCAAGUUGCGCAAAGAUUUAAAAGAUCACAAGUUGCAAAAGUCAGAAGAGGAUUUGACGCCCAUUCCCCGCCAGCGCAGCAACACUCUUCCCAAGAGCUUUGGAUCUCAGCUGGAGAAGAAACCCACUGAGACCAAAGCCCCCAAACCCCCUGUGGAGAGCACGCUUGAGGCAGUCAUGAACAAACUGCAGGAGAAACGCAAGGAGGCUGGUCGACCUGAAGACAUUAAGGACAUGACCCGUGAGCAGAUAGGAGCAGAAAAAGUGGCCCUUCAGAAAGCUCUAUUAUAUUAUGAGAGCAUCCAUGGGAGACCAAUCACCAAGAAUGAGAGGCAAGGCAUGAAGCCUCUAUAUGAUCGGUACAGACUCAUCAAACAGAUCCUCUGCAGAGCAUCUGCUAUUCCAGUCAUUGGCUCGCCUUCCAGCAAGCGCAGAGGCCCCCUGCUGCAGCCCAUUAUCGAGGGUGUACCGGCCCUAUUCUUCAGCGACACCAAGGAGGAGGAGGAUGGCUCGGACGAUGACAACGACACCACGACAGAGUUCACGGUCACGGUUAAGCCGGAACUGAGCAUGCUGGGACUUCUCGACCAGCUGGAUGAGGACACAGAUGGUUUCAUCUCACCUGUUGAUGAACUCUCACCAUCCAAGAACACCACUGACAUGAGAUUGUCCAAUUUGCAUGCUGCGCCCAUGCAAGAACUCGUAGAGCAACUCCAGGAAGCCCGUGAAGAAAAGAAAAGAAUCCGCAAAAACCUCCGUGAUUUUGAGGAUCAGUUCUUCAAACAGAACGGCAGAAACGUGCAAAAGGAAGAUCGCUCACCCAUGGCUGGAGAAUACAAUGAAUACAAGCACAUUAAAGCCAAGCUACGGCUAUUGGAAGUGCUCAUCAGUAAAAGAGACUCCUAAGCUCAGCUGGGAUUUACUCUACUAGCCAAACAAGGACCAGCAACUGCUAUCCAAAGCAAUAAACUGUGUACAAAGACAUGUUCCUCUUUGUUAUUGACUAAAGGCACAUUUGGCUUUUAAGGAUGUCAAGACUUACCUGGUUCACCAGAUCUACAGUGCUGUUUGUUCCACUGUACAGGAAAAAGGAUUUGUUAUCUGCUUUGGACUUGUUUUUUUUGCCUCUGCUACGAGGCCGUGGAUUUCAUAAUACAAUCAGAUUACUUGUGAAUCUCCGAUCUUAAUUCCCUGUUUCGGUUAUAUUUUGUGUUGUAUUAUACAACAGUUUGUAUAGACUUUAGCUUUUUUUCGAUAUGUAUUUAAUAUUGCUGUCAUAUAGAAACAACUGUGUUUUCGCAAUCAGACAUAAGCUUUGAAGAACAUUGAGAUAAUGCAUCUUAAAUCAUCGGUGGAUCUACUUAGAGAUGAGGAGAGUUUAUCAUUAUAGGAACUUUUCGUAUUUGAAGAAGAUAACCGAUUUGUGGAAGGAAGGCUCUCCGUAUAUUAUUUUUCGUUAUUUACUGGUACCAUAAUUCUUUAUUUUGAACAUUAAUGCUUCUGAGAAAAUGUAUUAUUUGUACAUGUUCAUUGUCAAUGAAAGCUCUUUCUCCCCCUAUUAAGACCAUUUACUAAGCUAGAGUUUACAUUACAAAAAAAAAAAAAAUGUGCAAAUGAACAACUAUGAAAAAAAAUCUGUUGCCAUUUUCUAAUGGUGUAGAAACUCACAAACAAAGGUACUAGAAUUCAGCUUUUAUUGUUAUUGCUGUAGGUUUUUUUUUUUUUUUUUACUCCAGUGUCAAAUGAAACUCACUGUUUAACAGUGAUGAGGGUGGAUUGAAUCCCCUCAAAACCAUCUCUAUUGUUAAAAAGCAAUAGAAGGCAAAACAGUGGGGCGUCACGGAGCGUUUGCAUCUUGUAAAUGCAGACACACAGUGAGCACAUCACCACCUUCUCUUAUUCUCCAGAUUGGAAAAUUGUAGUGUGACCUUUGUUUUUACAGAACGUGACAAGGCUGAUGGAUAAAGAUGAAUAAUGUGUGUACAUUUUAGUACAUGAUUGUAUUUGUAUUUUGUAUAUAUGAUAUUAAAAAAUAAAAACUAUUUUUUUCUGAA